AUAUUAAUCCACAACCCAAACUCACAAUUCCCACCCACAGCAAUGGCUCUCUUCAACUUCCAAAUCCUGCUAUAUUCUCUCUCCAUGUUCUUCUGCAUUCUAUUUCCUCAAACAAAUUCACUCACCUUCAACCUCACAAACAUAGCCGAUCAACCUCAAAAGGUCAAGGUAACAACAUACGGAGAAGCCUAUGUCUCAUCCCAAGGCCUCCAAGUCACCUCCAACGAGCGCAACACCAAUCUGCAGGACCAAGUCGGUAAAGCAACUUACGUCGAAUCCCUUCACCUUUGGGAUAAUUCCACUGGAAACUUAACUGAUUUCAGUACCCAUUUCGUUUUCGUGAUUGAUUCGGCCGGGAGUCAGUAUUUCGCCGAUGGGCUCGCCUUCUUUCUCGCUCCAGCAGAGUCGAAUUUCACAGCCGGUGGUGCGAUAGGCCUCCCAAUUGACCCGGUUACAAGGAACAAUACCAGCCCCUUCGUUGCUGUGGAGUUUGAUACGUUCGCGAACGUUUUCGACUGGGACGGUUGGGACCCGGUCAAUGUGAAUACUCAUGUGGGUAUCGAUGUCAAUUCUCUUACAUCAAAUGUUACUGCGGUUUGGAACUGUAACAUAACUCAUGGGGUAGAGAAUGAGGCUUGGAUUAGGUAUGAUUCGAGUUCACACAAUUUAAGUGUAGUUUUUACUGGUUCUAUUGCUAAUACCACAGUUAAAGAUACCAUUCAUUUUAUUGUUGAUUUGAGGGAAUACUUACCUGAAUGGGUAACAUUUGGGUUCUCAGCUGCAACAGGUGUAAGUUUUGAGAAAAAUACUGUAAAAUCAUGGGAAUUUAGUUCAAGUUUGGAAAUUAAGGAUACCAAUAAAACUGUUACAAUAGAUACGGGAAAUAAAAAUGUUACGGAUACACUUAUCAAAAACAAUGUCACUGAUCCGGUGAAACCAAAGUCGAAUAAAAUCUCCCUUGGAGCUGUGGUGGGAUCGGUUGUUGGCUCGGGUGUUUUUGUUGGUGGGUUUGUAUUGGUUGGGUUUGGCUUGUGGAGGAGAAGUAGAGCAAAAGAAGAGGAUGAGUUUGAAAUUGAGAUGUCCUUGGAAAAUGAAUUCGAGGCCGGUGCUGGGCCGAAGAAAUUUUCCUACAGUCAAUUAUCUCGCGCAACAAAUAACUUUGAGGAGGGACAAAAGCUUGGAGAGGGAGGAUUUGGUGGAGUAUAUAGAGGUUUUUUGAGGGAGUUGAAUUUUUAUAUUGCUGUCAAGAGGAUAUCGAAGGGGUCUAAACAAGGGAUAAAGGAGUACGCAGCAGAAGUGAAGAUCAUUAGCAAGUUGAGGCACAAGAAUUUGGUGCAACUCAUCGGUUGGUGCCACGAAAAGAAAGGGCUACUCCUUGUUUACGAGUUCAUGGAAAAUGGCAGCUUAGAUUUCCAUCUCUUCAAAGGGAAAAGCUUGUUGACAUGGGGUACAAGGUAUAAAAUCGCCCAAGGUUUGGCCUCGGCAUUGCUCUAUCUACACGAAGAAUGGGAGCAAUGUGUAGUGCAUAGGGACGUAAAAUCAAGCAAUGUGAUGUUGGACUCCAAUUUCAAUGCCAAAUUGGGAGAUUUCGGGUUAGCUAGAUUUGUCGAUCACGAGAAAGGGCCACAAACAACUGCUUUGGCGGGGACCAUGGGGUACUUGGCACCGGAAUGUGUGGUAACGGGUAAAGCUAGCAAGGAAUCAGAUGUCUAUAGCUUUGGGGUCGUGGCGUUGGAAAUAGCUUGCGGGAGAAAACCCUUUGAUAUGAAGGUGCCAGAAUGUCAAAUGGGAUUGGUGGAAUGGGUUUGGGACCUCUACGGAAUGGGAAGGUUACUUGAAGCAGCAGACCCGAAAUUGGGCCCGGAUUUCGAUGAGCGAGAAAUGGAUCGAUUGUUGAUUGUUGGUCUUUGGUGUGCUCACCCGGAUCACAAUUUCCGGCCUAAAAUUAGACAGGCAAUUCAUGUGCUUAAUUUUGAAGCUCCUCUGCCCAUUCUGCCACAAAAACAGCCCACACUAUCUUUUUUUCCUCCUCCAUUGAACCCAAACACCAUCAGUUCUGACACCAGCCAAAACCAAUAUUCAAGCAUUACUUACAACACAGAUUCUUCCAAGUUCACCUCAUCUUCUACUGCUUCAUCUCACUCGACAUCACUUUUGAAUAAAUUGUAAUUAAGCUGGUUCAAAAAGUAUAUACGAGUAGUCCAUUCCAUUUUUCUUCCUAUUGGUUUUGAUGAUUUUACAUUUCAGGAUUCUUUUGUUAGAAGAGGUUGUGUAGAUUAGCUUUUUAGUCUCCAGGUUGGGGAUUAACUCGCACUUCCAUUGUUGUAACUUCUGCUUUUUAUCUUUAAUAGAAAAUCUUUGUACAGCUUGAUUUAACAACCGUUCCACCAUGAGAAUUGAUGCAAUUACAGUAGGAGUUUCAAAUUUUGAAA